UUAUUUUCUUUACAAAUAUUCUGAGUAGAUAGGUCGAAAAAAUAGAGAGAGAAAAAAAACGACUGAAAAAAAGAGGAGAGAGAAAAUACGGCGAUGGCGGAAGAAGCUCCAAAUAAUGCUGACAUUAACACCGAUUCUGAGUUUGGAAACGAUGAAAACCCUAACCCUAAUUCUUCUCCUAAUAAUGCUUUAGCUAUCAAUGGUAUUCCUUCUUCUCCAUUGAUUUGCCUCGUCAAGUUCGCCGGUGAUGCUGCUGGUGGUGCUGGAAUGGGCGCUGUUUUUGGCUAUGGUGUUGGAUUGUUCAAGAAGCAAGGCUUUAAGGGCUCUUUUGCAAAUGCAGCUUCUAAUGCCAAGACAUUUGCAGUACUCUCUGGGAUUCAUAGUUUGGUGGUAUGCAUGUUAAGGAGGCUAAGAAAGAAGGAUGAUGUCAUUAAUGCAGGAGUGGCUGGCUGCUGCACUGGUCUUGCUCUAACUUAUCCAGGUGCUCCUGGAGCUCUCUUGCAGAGCUGCGUUUAUUUUGGUGGAUUUGCCUUCGCCAUGGAAUUCUUAAACAAAAAGCAAUCAGCUUUGGCACAACCCUACAAAUCCCAAGAAAACCAUAGUUGCCCGACUGCAGUUCCUCCUUUGGCGUUUCCCCUAUCUGAUGAACUAAAGGGACCAUUCUUGUCCUUCUGUCAAUCACUCAGAAAAUCAAAGAAUCGCAACCACCCUUUUGCAGCAUAAUUUUGUUUGAUGAAGCUUAUGUUGCCUUUUCGUUAACUCUACGUCCUCCAGAUGCUAUUAUAUAGCUCUUCUACUAUAUAUGUAUAUCAGGAUCGUGUUUCGCAACCUCUGUUCUCUACCCAUUACUUUAGAUGUAGUUAGCCUAUUCAUUUACUCUUUUUGCCCCAUGAGUUGCUUAGGGAUUUCCUUGUUUUUGUUGGAACGAAGGAUGUUAGCUAAUCAUUUUAAUGAAGUUGCAAAUGAGGAAUGAUUUUGGUUUGAGCUCAUAUUAA